AUGCUGUUUUCCCGCCUUUCCUCUGAACUGCGCCUAGAAAUCAGUCUCAACGACAGAUCUGGAUCAGCAGUGAAAGCCAAAAUUAUGUGCGUACCGAUAGAUAAAAAUGUUCAGAAAACCAAAGAGCAACAGAUCUGGUGGGAAGGUUCGAAAUUCGGAAGUGAAGAGAGAAACAAAUUACGGAAAUUAAUUCCUGAUGAAACAUUUAUUCCUGAUAUUCAAGUCAAUUCCAGCAAUCGCUAUCGGUGUAUUUUAAUGUCGCCUAGAUCGAAUAUUGAUAAAGAUCAUUUAAGAAAGCGAAUUCACCGAGCAAUAACAGCAUCUGUUCCAGCAAAAUUUGGCAGUUGUUCCCCUGGAUAUCGUCUUCAUCAAGAGAGAUGCUAUCCAUGUCCACCGGGGACAUUCACGAGCGGUCAGGAGACGAAUUGCAACCUGUGCCCUGUCAAUUUCUACAACAACAAAGAAGCCGCCGACUCGUGCUACCCAUGUCCUGAAGCAAAGAAGACUUUGGCCGAAGGGGCGGACUCGGAAGAUUUGUGCGUAUAUUUGGACACUGCUGGUCGACCUAUCUCUACACUUUCUACCAAGCUGCUAGUUAUUGCAAUAUGUGCAGCUAUUUUUAUUGUUGUUGCAUGGAUUCUAAUUGGUCUUUAUCUGUACUGGUGGUACAGAGGAAAAUACUUAAAGAAAGCUGAAGAGGGUGAGAAAGGAAGCGAGGAAGACCACGUCUACUCUGAAAUCGGAGAAGAUAAUACCUACAUCGAAAUAUUGCCAGAAGAAGGCGACGGCUACGAAGUGCCAAAAAAACCGGACAGGGACACCACCUACACAGAAAUCCUUCCGGAUGACGACGGCUACGAAGUGCCGAAAAAGCCUAGUUAUGAUGACCAUAUUUACGAAACAAUCAACGAAGAGAAGGACUACAAUAUGCAAGAACAACCCAAAACUUCAGCUAGCAAGAAUGGAAGCACAGAGAAAAAAUCUUCCUCGAACAAAAUUCAAGCGAUAGACAACGAUUAUUAUUAUGUUGAUAAAGAGAAUGGGAUCACUGGUCGCAAGACUUCGCAGCCAUCGAAGGAAGACACUCAGCAACUGAUCGAUGAUAAUUUUGAGGAAAUGUAUGCCAAUGCCGAUGCCGUCCCAACGGCCAGAGAGCACCGUGGUCAUCUGCUAAAAACUGAAAGUUCAGGAUUUCAACCUUUAUUCUCACCGGACGAGGAAGGAAGAUUGCAGGUCAAAAAAUCCGACUUCAAUCAACUCGCCAAGAUCAUUCUAAGGACUUCGAAAAGCGAGACCGAUGCAUGGGCCGGUAAUCGAGUCCCCAACUUGGAAGAACUUGGUUAUGACGUGGCAAAGCUUUCUAAAGUCAUUGAAAAGCUUUCUGAAAAGGUCGGAUCUGACGAAAUGUCUGAAGAGCAGCUGGAAGUGCCCAGUCGUUCAAAAACAGCUCAAGCAAGACGUGUUUCUGAAAGUGUCGUGAAAGUACCCAAGACAGAAAUGCUCAAGAAUGUUUUACAAGGAAAGAAAGAGGAUAUGAGCCUUCGUACAGAGGAUUUUGAUUUUAAAAGCAGAGAUAAAAAAGGUCAAAAGAAUACAGAAAAUAGUAAAUCUUCUGAAAAAGUGGAUUCCGCAUCUAAAGUUCACAGAUCUGAAAGUCUACCUCAUAAAAGCAUUUCGAAAGUAGUUUCCGACCAAUCAGAUGUCGAUACAGAAUUCUCUGCUGACACAGAUACCAAUAAUUAGAUGGCUGUUUAUUAAAAUUUCUA